AAUUCGUAUUGAGCCAGCCAUGUCCGUCGUUAUACCCGUCAUCUCGCAGUGCCGCCGUGCGCUCCUCCAACGCCUAUUCUCGACAAGCGCACGGCGUGCGGCCGACCCUUGGCUGCUUCCCAAUACGCCCGAGCACCUAGCAUCUACAGAGACACCGAAGGACAUUCCCCCGCCGAAGCCGCUGCCGCGUCCGGGCGAGUCGCUCGAGACGAUGCGCGCACGACUCACGUAUCAGGCACGUAAACGGGGCACGCUCGAGAGUGACCUGCUUCUGAGCACGUUCGCGAAGGAAGAGUUGAGCAAGAUGAACAAGCCCGAGCUAGAGGAGUUUGACAAGCUGAUGGACGAGCCCGAUUGGGACAUCUACUACUGGGCGACGGACAAGCGCAUACCACCCGAGCGGUGGACCAACUCGGAGCUGCUGGAGAAACUGCGGAAACAUGCGCGGAACGAGGGCAAAGCAGUGCGACGCAUGCCAGACCUAUGAUUGUUAUUUAGCAUUCCAUCCCGGCGGGAGUUUUCGAUGACAUUAUCCCGGUAUAUGUACAUAGCGCAUAAGUAUGUGCAUCCAGUGUCCCAGUUCUCACCCUUAUAGAUCCCCGGAGUCCCGUUUCAGUGCCAGCUUCUCAUCGUAACGCUUCAGAAGCAGUCGUUCGACCCACCCGCCUGCGGGGAAGGCCUUCUCCCACUGGUUGUGCAGGUGCACCGAGAACACUCGGCUAAGCGCCUUGUCGAGCCCGCCGCCCACCUCGCGCCCGAGCCCCAUCGUCCACUUCCCAUUCUUUGGGUCUGCC